AUGAAAGAUUAUGAAAACGUCUGGAACGAUGAACAUUGCAUAUUUUUUUCUGUGUCUUUAGCCAGAGAUUCACUACACAUAAUCGCUUAUCUUCGCUUUCGUUUCAUGCAACAUAAAUUCACCAAGCACGAGAAGACGCUUCAGAAGUUUCGGAUUCUUCGCGGAGAUGGUUUAAUGGAAUUUCUCAGAUACAUCUACGUAGUCACGCCAUGUUAUAACAACAGGAAUCUAUAA